AUGCAAGGCUCAGCACCGGGGGUUGACCGUGUCACACCGCGGGAUGUAUUGAGGAUGGACCCCGUUUUUGUAACCGCGUUUCUCAACGCUCUCCUCGCUUCUUCGCCCUUCUCUUCACACAUGAAUACAGCACGUAUCACUUUUGUUCCCAAGGCUGAUGCACCCUCUUCUCCUGAGUUAUUUCGGCCUAUUUCUGUCACUUCCGUCUUUACGCGUCUGCUUCAUCGAAUCCUAUUUGACCGCUGGGUUCCCACUUUUCCUUCAAAUCGUCUACAAUUCGGCUUCCUACGUAAAGAUGGAUGCUUUGAAGCACCUGCGAUAAUGCACGCCGCACUGCGACACGCGCAUUCUUCAUACGCUCAACUUUCCUUUGCUUCAAUUGAUAUUUCCAAAGCCUUUGAUUCUCUUUCUCAUCAGUCCUUACUACGCGCAGCCUCUGCUUUCGGCGCACCCCCACUGCUACUGGAUUACCUUGCUUCCUACUAUUCCUCAGCUACUUCCACUUUCAACAAUGUUCACCUCCAUCCGGAACGAGGAGUUAGACAGGGAGAUCCACUCUCUCCCUUACUAUUUAUCAUGACGCUGGACGAAGCUCUGCAAGAUUUACCCUCUGAACCCUGGACAUCCCCAGUAGGGCCAAUUGAUUAG